AAGGCAGUGCUGCGCUUACAGCUGCUGCAACAGUGACAGUUAGCCAACACAAUGGGCAAGAUAAUCUUUUACGAGGACAGGAACUUCGAGGGCCACUCCUACGAGUGCAGCAGCGAGUGUUCCGACCUGCAUUCCCACUUCAGGCGCUGUAACUCCAUUAGAGUGGACAGCGGUGACUGGAUGAUCUACGAGAGGCCCAACUACAUGGGCUACCAGUACUUCUUGAGGAAGGGUGACUAUGGAGACUACCAGCGAUGGAUGGGGUUCAACGAUUGUGUGCGAUCCUGUCGCUUGAUCCCCUCGCACCAAGGAGCUCACAGAAUGAUGAUCUAUGAGCGUUCAGACUUUGGAGGUCAGAUGAUGGAGCUGACUGAUGACUGUCCUUCUUUAUAUGACCGCUUCCAUUUCAGUGACAUCCACUCUUGCAACGUGAUGGAUGGGCAUUGGAUCUUUUACGAGCAUCCCCAUUACAGGGGACGCCAGUAUCUCAUGCGUCCUGGUCAGUAUAAGAGGUACCAUGAGUGGGGAAGCAUGAGUCCUAGAGUGGGCUCCAUCAGGCGUAUAGCUAUGUAAGAAAAGCAUGUAACUGGAUGCUGUUUUUGUGGAUCACUGUCAAUAAAAUACUGUC